AUGGACCAUAUGGGCUUUCAGGUCCCGGGCAUGGCCCCGCCUGUCAUGAAUCAACCACCCCAGGUUUUUGGUGGCUACGACGGAUUACCGCAACUGCCUCCCGAAAUUGCUGCUCAGAUGUUUAAUGACUCGGCCAUGAUGCUUGAAGAUGCCAACGACCCAAAGAGGAGGAGAAUUGCUAGGGCUUGCGAUAUGUGUCGGAAGAAGAAGAUUAAGUGUGAUGGCAAGAUGCCAUCUUGUACUCACUGUAUCAACUACAAGACUGAAUGUGUCUUUACCCAAGUCGAGAAGAAGCGCGCUCCUCCCAAAGGUGCGAAGUACAUCGAGGGGCUUGAGAAUCGACUGAACCGUAUGGAACAUCUUCUACGGCUUUCUGGCCUUCUUGAUGACGAAGAUGGUGACCUCGGCGCUCUAGAGAAGAAACUAAUGGAGCGACAACAAAAGUCGCGACAACCGUCGAUGGCUAUUGUGUCUGGCCCUAACUCACCCUCCCAUUCUGUCCCCUCUGCUGCAGAUGGAAAUGUUAUGACUCCUCAAAGCUCACUCACCUCCCCCAACUCAAUUGUCAAGGAUGACAAGCGUAAAUCAACAACACCAGCUCCGGCAACAACACCUUCAACAGCUCAGGCACCGACUACAAAUGGGGAAGAGGCCAACCCAGAAGACCAAGUAGAGGUGGAGGCUCUCUCGGAGAUGAUGUGUUCUUUAGUGACAAAUAACUUUGGAGAGACAAGGUACAUCGGUUCAUCCUCCGGCUUCUCCAUUUUUUCGCCCAAGGGAGUCUCGUGGGUAAACGGCAAGACAGGAGACGACUCAUUUCAACGGACUAUAUCGGAAAUAUCUGUCGAUGACCACAAGUGGACUAAUUGGAAACCUGAAGUUUUUGGCGAUCUAUUCCAGCGUCCUAUUUUCCGGCCUCUGCCCUCCAAAACCGAGGCGUUGUCACUGCUCCAAGACUAUUUUGACAACUUCAACUGUAUCUUCCCUCUGUUUCAUCAACCAACCUUCAUGCACCUAGUGCAGUUGCAAUAUUCGUCAGACCCGUACCAGGGCUCAGGAUGGUGGGCAAGCCUCAACAUUGCUCUUGCCAUUGCCCAUCGUCUGCGGGUUAUGAGCAACCUUGUGCCGCAGGAUGAGGACGACAAGGCCUGGGGAUACCUCAAGAACGCCAUUGGUGUAUUCCCCGAGUUGACUAUGCGAAAUACCGAUUUGUUGAGUGUCCAGGCCCUCCUGGGCAUGGCUCUGUUCCUGCAAGGAACGCCCAAUCCUCAACCGACAUUUCUACUGGUUGCAGCGGCGAUGCGCCUGGCGCAAAGCAUUGGUCUUCACAAGCGAGGAACUGGUUUCAACCUCAACCCCAUUGAGAUUGAGCAGCGUAAGAGAGUCUUUUGGAUCGCCUACAUGCUUGAUAAGGAUCUUUGUCUUCGAGCUGGUCGCCCACCUGCUCAGGACGACGAUGAUAUGAACGUUGAGCUUCCGGAUGCUGACCCGGCGGAUAACAUCGGUAACAUUCCACUAGCCGACGGCAAAGGCAAGAUGAACCUCUUCCGGGUCAUGUGUGAGUUUGCCACCAUUGAGAGUGAAGUUUACAAGAGAUUGUAUUCCGUACAAGCCACUAAACAGUCUGAUGGUGAAUUGCUUAACACCAUCGGCGAGCUGGACCGCAAGCUUGAGGAAUGGAAGGAUAGUAUCCCUAUCGACUAUCGACCCGAACACGACAUCAACGCCUCUCAUACCCCCCUAAUCCUCCACGUUGUCAUGCUGCAUCUUACCUAUUAUAACUGCCUUACUACCAUUCAUCGCAUGUCGGUUCACCAUGGAUUUUGGACCAGCAGACUGGCCAACUAUGCCAUCCAGGGCCUCAACGCUCGACCUCUCAACCCGCGGGUCUUUUCUUCAGCGGCACUAUGCACAGCCGCAGCGCGAGCAUCCGUCUCUUUACUGAAGUAUGUGCCUCAGGGAGAUUUUGCUUGUGUUUGGAUGAUCCUCUACUUCCCAGUUUCAGCGCUAGUGACGCUGUUUGGAAAUAUCCUGCAGAACCCACUUGACCCUCGCGCAAAAUCGGAUACUCGACUCAUGAACAUCGUGGUCACCUUCCUUUCUAUGCUUGGGCAGGAGGCAGAGCAGGGAGGUGUGCACCGAAUGCUCGGCAUCUGUGCCGAAUUUGAACGUAUAGCCAAGGCCAUUAUUGACAAGGCUGAAAAAGAGCAAUCUUCUCGACGCAAACGCAAGAACCAGGAUACAACGAACAAGUCAUCCUCCAACACCACUAUACCCGCAGCCCGACACCCCCCUGCUGCAGACUCUACAGCUCAUAGAAGACCGUCACAAGCUCAAUUGUCGCCACCUCCAAACGGUGAUUCUAGGGGAUCAUUUUCUAUAAGCACACCAAUGAACGACCCCUCGCCUUCAGCCAUGUCGGCCGGGUGGCCUCAAGAGUUCCCAGUACCCCAACCUCAUCAGAAUGGCGACUUCGAUUCAAUGAACUAUGGAGAUGGAAACAUGCAUUCAUCUCCUCAAAUGCCAGUUUCAGCGUUUCAGCAACCCUUACUCCCACAAGACCUCUUCUCUCUACCUAUGACACUGGACUGGAGCUGGGCUGAGAUGACCACUGGGGCGUACCCAACAGUUGAAAACGGCAAUUUUGGUGGAGCUCAAAUGUGA